AUGAUCUUUGCGAACCCGGGAAACCCUCUGAAGACGACCCAUAGGAAGCAGUCCUACCCCAUGACUCCUUCCAGCCCCAGCAGCAGUAACAGCAGCAGCACUGGCCUGGAGCAGCUGAGCAAAACCAACCUGUACAUCAGAGGCCUGCCCCCCGCCACCACAGACUUGGACCUGGUCAAACUCUGUCACCAGUAUGGCAAGAUUCAAUCGGCGAAGGCAAUCCUGGACAAAACAACCAACAAAUGUAAAGGUUAUGGGUUUGUGGACUUUGACAGCCCUGCAGCCGCUCUGAAGGCGGUACACGCACUCAAAACCAGUGGCAUUCAGGCGCAAAUGGCCAAGCAACAGGAGCAAGACCCCACAAACCUGUACCUGUCGAACCUGCCGCUGUCUGUGGAUGAGAAGGAGCUGGAGAAUCUUCUGCAGCCGUUUGGAGCCGUGGUCUCUACGCGCAUCCUCCGGGACUACAGUGGGAACAGCCGCGGCGUGGGCUUUGCCAGGAUGGACACAACAGAGCAGUGCAAUGCCGUCAUUGCUCAUUUCAAUGGCAAAUUCAUCAAGAUUGGUGCCGGAGGGCUCGCUCCAUCACAACCGCUGCUGUGUAAGUUUGCAGACAGCCAAAGAAAGAAACAUGGUCACAGCGGGUUUGUUCCCAACGGACAGACAGGAGACUUGAGACUAGGUACAAUGACUCUGACCUAUGAUCCCUCCUCAGCGGCUCUACAAAAUGGGUAUUAUUCCUCUCCAUAUCCGGUCACCAACAGGAUAAUGACAGUGCAGCCAAGCAUGUCGCCAUAUAUGUCUCCAGUUUCUGCUUAUCAGGUACAGAGUCAUUCCUGGCACAUGGCACAUCAACCCUACAUUAUGCAACAUCCGCAGACAGCAGUGAUGUCGCCCUCUGUGGACCCAUCUAUGUCACUGCACCCCUCGUCCCUCCUCACGCAGCAGAUGGGACAGCUGUCGUUGGGAAACCCAGGAGCGUACAUGGCUGCAAACCCUGGCGUUCAAGGAGCCUACAUGCCUCAGUAUCCUGCCGUGCAACAAGUCCCAGAAAAUGGCACGCAGCAAGUUGACUCCUCCAACAACUCGUCCCCAUACAGUCAACUCAGCAAGUAA